AUGACCCAAGGCGAAAUAAUCAAAUGCAAAGCCGCCGUCGCAUGGGAAGCCGCCAAGCCCAUGUCGAUUGAAGAAAUCCAAGUCCAGCCCCCUCGCGCCGGUGAAGUUCGAGUGCAAAUCACUCACACUGGUCUCUGUCACACCGACGCCUACACUCUUUCCGGAUCCGACCCCGAAGGAGCUUUCCCUGCCAUCCUUGGUCACGAAGGAGCCGGGAUCGUCGAAUCCGUCGGUGAAGGCGUAACCCACGUCAAACAAGGUGACUCGGUCAUCCUUCUUUACACUGCCGAAUGUCGCGAGUGCAAGUUCUGCAAAUCUGGCAAGACCAACCUCUGCCAAGCUGUUCGUGCUACUCAGGGUCAAGGUGUUAUGCCUGACAAGUCCAAGCGUUUCUCUUGCAAGGGUAAAGAACUCUACCACUUUAUGGGUUGUUCCACUUUCAGUCAGUACACUGUUGUCUCGCAGUACAGUUUGGUUGCCAUCGACCCUAAGGCUCCUAGGGACAAGACUUGUUUGUUGGGCUGUGGUGUAACUACCGGUUGGGGUGCGGCUACUCACACUGCCAACGUAGAGAAGGGUAGCAAUGUUGCUAUCUUUGGUCUUGGUUGUGUUGGUCUUGCUGUUAUCACAGGUGCUGUCGAUGCUGGAGCCAGCAGGAUCAUUGCAAUUGACACCAACGAUCAAAAAGAGAGUUGGGCCAAGAAGUUCGGUGCGACCGAGUUCAUCAAUCCUACAAAGCUCGGUGAGGGUAAAGACAUUGUCUCGCACCUGGUCGAAAUCACCGAUGGUGGACUGGAUUACACUUUCGAUUGCACCGGUAAUGUCAAGGUGAUGAGAAGCGCGCUCGAGGCUUGUCAUAAGGGUUGGGGCGUCAGUACCGUUAUUGGUGUUGCCGCUGCUGGGCAGGAGAUUGCAACUCGGCCCUUCCAGUUGGUCACGGGUAGGAAGUGGCAGGGAAGUGCAUUUGGUGGUGUCAAAGGUAGGACCGAGCUGCCUGGUAUCGUGGAUAGGUAUAUGAACGGAACUUUUAAGGUCGAUGACUACAUUACUCAUACCAUCGAUCUUGACAACAUCAACAAGGGUUUCGAGUAUAUGAAGCUGGGAGAGUGCAUUCGAUGUGUUGCCAAGAUGUCCUAA